GUGCACAGCUCUUAUCUGUGAAGGAGGAACAGGACGACGAGGAGUACACAGAGGAAGAGUGGCGUGCAUGGUACGCACUGAACGGAUGGACUUGGAGCGACGAACAGGCCGAUCCGGAUCCGGUGGAGCCAGAGCCGGAGCAGUUCGAGCUGGUUGUGACAGAUGAAGAUGAAGAAGACUACAUCCCGCCUGCUGGACCGAUCAAGGCAAAACAACGUCCACCGGCGCCUCCAGCUCCAUCUUUUCCGCCACCACCUCCGGCCAAGAAGGCCGCAGCGCGGCUCCCUCCUCCACCGCCGCCAGCAGUGCAUCCCGUGGUCAACAGGGUGCCAACGCCACCUCUGCCGCCGCCACCGCGGCCGUCUGAACCGCGACCGCCAUGGAGGAGUGGAUCAGACGUGGCCACGGCACGACGAUCCACCUCACCCUCUCCGUCCUCAUCGUCCCGACGCGGCUCAGGCUCUGAGACCCGGCAAGGACGCUACGUUCCUGGUGGCCAUGGAUAUCAGUUGGCCUCAGGAGAGUAUUCGGCGCGGGGUCUUGGACGAAAACGAGCGCGAAAACGGGGAGGAUAUGCCGAGCGCAUGAAGGGCGAGAUGCAGCGGUUGCAGGCUGAGCGUGACCUGGACCACAAUGCACUUCGCAUGGCGGUGAACCUGUCUGGACACCUCGUCUUGGGAG